GAAAGUUUAUUUGUGGCGUCUUUCCAAAGUGUUGAUUUUUAAACGUUUUAAAAAGCUAAAGUAACGUGUAAAAUGAUGAGUGAUGAUGACUGUUCCAUUUCUGGAACCCCCCCCCCCAGAUCUCACGGAGGCAGUGAAUGCUGCAUCAUUGGAAUUGUUACCAGUAAAAUCUAGAAAUAAGUAUAACUAUGCAUACAACCGCUUCAUGGACUACCGUACGAAUACAAAUGUAACUUCUUUCUCGGAAAAUUUUGUAAUGGCAUACUUCUUGGAGCUUGGUUCCAAGAUAAAAUCUUCAACUUUAUGGGUCAAUUAUUCAAUGCUGAAGGCAACCCUUGCAAUUAGACAUGAUGUGGAUAUAUCUAAAUAUUCAAAACUCCGGGCAUUCCUGAAACGGCAAGCACAUGCCUAUAAGCCAAAAAAAUCCAAGAUUUUAACUAAAGAAGAAAUAAACAAAUUUAUUCAGGAAGCUCCAGAUAAGGAAUAUUUAAUGAUUAAGGUAGCUGUAAUAUUUGGAAUUUCCGGAGGUUGCAGAAUGGACGAGCUGGUUAAAAUGACUGUACAAGAUAUACAAGACCUACUAUCUACUUUUAGUUACCAUACCGGAUUCAAAAACUAAUACAUCAAGAUCAUUUAUAGUAAUAGUUAUUGUCAUACAAAUAAAAUUAUUAGUUUGGAAAAUAUUAAACAAAAUAAUGCUAAUAGUUCCCAAGUUCUUCCAGUUUUCAAUACUUGUACUAAUUGUCAAAUAGCAGUAAAUAUAGCAAAUAAUAAGUAAUAAUUUUAAAAUAUGUUAACCUUGUUUGUGCUGAAAGUUUUAAAAAUAAAAUUGUUUAGGAAAAAGCCUG